AUGGAAAUGAUAAUUGUAACAUAUCCCGUUGAACAAUCUGAGAAGAGUCUUGAGUCUUCAGGUCCUUCCAGUCAGCAGAUACAACAAACACAUUCAAAUGGGAAGCCUUAUCAAUGUGAAUAUUGUGAGAAGGGUUUUUCACAAUCGUAUACACUCAAGCGACACAGGCAAACACAUAUCAAUGAUAAACUAUUUUAUUGUAAACAAUGUGAGAAGAGUUUUGCCAGUGCAGGUACUCUCAAAGUACAUAUGCUUACACAUACAAAGAUCAAGGCUUAUCAUUGUGAACAUUGUAAUAGGAGUUUUGCUCGGUCAACUCAUCUAAAACAGCAUAAGUUAACACAUACCAAGGAGAAGCCUUAUCUAUGUCAACACUGUGGGAAUAGAUUUGCCAGAUCAGAUAAUCUGAAACGACAUAUAGAGACACAUACCAAUAAGAAACCAUUUCCUUGUGAAUAUUGUGAGAAGAGUUUUUUCAAGUCAUGUAAUCUAAAACAUCACACACGAACACAUACAGGUGAGAAGCUCAAUCAUACAAAUGAGAAGCCUUAUCAUUGUGAAUAUUGUAAUAGGAAUUUUGCUCGGUCAACUCAUCUGAAACAGCAUAAGUUAACACAUACCAAGGAGAAGCCUUAUCUAUGUCAACACUGUGGGAAUAGAUUUGCCAGAUCAGAUAAUCUGAAACGACAUAUAGAGACACAUACCAAUAAGAAACCAUUUCCUUGUGAACAUUGUGAGAAGAGUUUUUUCAAGUCAUGUAAUCUAAAACAUCACAUGCGAACACAUACCAAUUGGAAGUCUCAUCAAACAAAUGAGAAACCUCAUCAUUGUGAACAUUGUAAUAAGAGUUUUGCUCGGUCACAUAAUCUAAAAUUGCAUAAGUUAACACAUACCAAGGAGAAACCUCAUCUAUGUCAACACUGUGGGAAGAGAUUUGCUAGAUCAGAUAAUCUUAAACAGCAUAUACACAGACAUCUUAAGAAACCAUGUCAUGUAAUCUAA